AUCACCAUACAUAAAACCUCUCUCUCUCUCUCUCUCUCUUUUGUCUCAAGAAGUGUCUCUGUUUUUGUCGUGCUGCAGUGCAUGCAGGGCAUAGAGGAAGAGGAGCUGUUUGUUCAUUUCUGAGGUUGAAGUCAUGGGUGUGUCUUUUGCAUACAACACAAACGAUAAACAUACAAGAGAACGUGAAACGACAAGAAUCGAGAAAUGUGAGGCCACCUCGAAAGAGUUCAGAAGUAUGAAGAACCCUAAAGCGGGGAAUGCGAUUCUUGAGAGAAACCCGUCUUUCAAGACUCUGGUCGAUGACAAUAACCUACGAUAUCACGAACCCGAAUCGAGAAAUUCUGUAAUCAUGAAGGGUCCAAAGCCCGGAAACGUGAUUCUUGAGAGGAGCCCCUCGUUCAAGACUCUGGUCGAGCACGUCAACACCACGAGACGGAACUCUCCCACGAAAACUUUCAGAGACGAAAAUCACGGGGCCAAAACGAAAAAAUCCGUAAACUUGAAGGGUCCUAAACCCGAAAACGUGAUUCUUGAGAGGAACCUCUCUUUCAGGAGCCUGGUCCAGGCGGAGCAAAGGGAGGUCUUGUCUCCAAAGUGUCCGAACAGGGGCGAUCUGGGGAUCACAGAAAAUUCGACGGAGUUGUCUUUCGCCGUGAAGACGCCGUUUUCGUCUCCAAGACCGGUGACGGAGCUUGAUGCCGCUGCCGUUAAGUUGCAGAAGGUUUACAAGAGUUACAGAACAAGAAGAAACCUCGCCGACUGUGCCGUCGUCGUCGAAGAGCUAUGGUGGAAAUUGGAGCAAAGUUCGCCAUCAUUUUCCACGGAUGAGAAGCCAGAGACUGCUAUCUCGAGGUGGGCAAGAGCAGGAACCAAAGCAGCUAAGGUGGGAAAGGGUUUGUGCAAGGAUGAUAAAAACAUUUUAUUUUAAAAAAAUAUAUUGAAAUUCAUUGAUCCACGUCAUAGGUACGGACACAACUUGAAUUUGUACUAUGAUGUCUGGUUCGGAAGCAAGAGCUGUCAGCCUUUCUUUUUCUGGUUGGACAUUGGAGAAGGAAGAGAAAUAAAUCUCGAGAGGUGCCCUCGAACCCUUCUGCAGCGCCAAUGCGUCACCUACCUUGGACCCGAAGAGAGACGAGCGUACGAAGUGGUGGUGGAGGGGGGAAAGCUGAUUUACAGGCAAAGCAGAGAAGUGGUGGAAACAGAGGAGGGAUCCAAGUGGAUAUUUGUCCUGAGCACGACAAGAACAUUGUACGUUGGUCCGAAGAAGAAGGGUCUCUUUCAACACUCCAGUUUUCUCUCCGGCGCCGCCAUCACCGCCGCCGGCAGAAUCGUCGCAGACAACGGCUCUCUCAAGGCUGUGUGGCCGUACAGUGGUCAUUAUCUCCCGACGGAGGAGAAUUUCCGGGAAUUCAUACGUUUUCUGGAAGAAAACAACGUCGAUCUCACUACAGUAAAGUUGUGUGCGAUUGACGAUGACAACUAUCUCGCCAAGGGAGACGAAAGAUCGGAAUCGAAGAGCAGAGCGAAAUCCGACGGCCAAGAUGAGUGCAAGGUAGUCGCCGUUGAUCCGACGGUUCAGGAGUCGAGAGAACAGAAGGGCCUAUCGUGUACGUGGACCACGGGAGCAGGGCCUAGGAUCGGGUGUGUGCGGGACUAUCCUACGGAGCUACAGACGCGGGCGCUCGAGCAAGUCAACCUUUCGCCUAGAGUGGCGAAUGGGCCAAGUGAUUUAUUGGGCCUAUUGCCUUCGCCUCGGCCCAGACCAAAUAUUCGACUCUCUCCUCGUCUCGCUUGCAUGGGUCUCCCUAGCCCAAGAAACUAAUAUUUUUUUCUUUAAAUAUAUUUAUUUAUUUGGGAGAAAAUCUCUCCUUUUCUUUUUCUUUUUUUCCCUGGAUUUUUUAUGCCAAUUUUCCCCGCAUUGGGUGAUUCUUCUUGGUUUGUAUU